UGAAAGAAGAGGCGAGAGAAACCGGACCUGCCAGAAAACCCUAAACAAAUCGUCAUCCCUAACAUCCAGGGAAAAGGAGGGAUCAGAGCACUAGCUCCAAAUGUCCCGCUGCUGCUGUUGUGGACUACACAGGAUAUCUGUCAUUUCACACAGAUUUCAUAUUCGUUUGCUUGUGGAUUAUCGCUUUUGAGCAUUGAACGCAUGAGGUCAUGAAUUCGGCUGAACAGACCAUCACAUGGUUAAUAACGCUGGGUGUCCUGGAAUCACCCAAAAAGACACUAUCGGAUCCUGAAGGAUUUUUACAGGCAUCUCUCAGAGAUGGAGUGGUUUUGUGUAAACUGCUGGAACGACUGCGACCCGGUACAGUUUAUACGAUCUAUCCGGACCCGAGGAAGGACGAGUGUUUGAGUAAUAUCAGAGAGUUUGUGAAAGGCUGUGCAUUAUAUCAGAUUGAGGUGUUUGAGGCCAACGACUUACUUCAGGGCCAGAACUUCUCCAAGGUCUUGAAUUGUUUGGUUGCACUCAACAAAGCAACUUCAGAGUCCGGCGGUGGGAGUAAUUCUGUGUGUUCUCGUCACUCGUCUUCUCUGCGGAUCAAGUCCUUUGACUCGCUCAACUGUUCGUCCAAUCACAGGAGAUCAUCCAGACACAAGUACAACCAGUACCGCAGUCUGGACAUGUCUGAAAACAGUGCCCCUCAGGUGCUGGUGAAAGCUCGGUUUAACUUCCAGCAGACCAAUGAGGAUGAGCUGUCCUUCAAUAAGGGUGACAUCAUCCAGGUGACGCGGCAGGAAGAGGGCGGCUGGUGGGAGGGGUCUCUCAAUGGCAAGACCGGCUGGUUUCCUAGCAACUACGUCAAAGAGAUCAAAGGCUCUGACAAACCUGUGUCUCCCAAGUCUGGAACACUGAAGAGUCCACCCAAGGGCCUUGAGACCACUAACUUUUGCAAGACUUACUAUAAUGUGGUGGUUCAGAAUAUUGUACAAACUGAGACCGAAUACUGUAAAGAGCUGCAGACUCUCCUCUCAACAUAUCUGAGAGCAUUGCAGCCCACCGACAGGCUCAGCGUGUCAGAUAUCAGUCACAUCAUGGGAAAUCUAGAGGAGAUCAGCUCUUUCCAGCAGACACUGGUGCAUUCACUGGAGGAAAGCGUCAAAGUUCCAGAGAGUCAGCAGAGAAUAGGAGGCUUCUUCCUGUCCCUCAUUCCUCAGAUGAGGAGUCUGUACGUGACCUACUGCUCCAACCAUCCAUCUGCGGUUAAUGUUCUCACACAACACAGUGAGGAACUAGGAGAGUUUAUGGAAAGUAAAGGUGCGAACGCCCCUGGAAUUCUCACACUCACAACAGGCCUGAGCAAACCCUUCCUGAGACUGGAGAAAUACCCCACACUACUGAAAGAAAUGGAGCGGCACAUGGAGGCACUUCAUCCAGAUUAUCCAGACAUUCAGAAGAGCAUGACCGUGUUUAAAAAUCUCUCAGCCCAGUGUCAGGAAGUGAGGAAGAGGAAGGAACUUGAGCUGCAGAUUCUGAUGGAGUCUAUUCGGGGCUGGGAAGGGGAGGGCAUUAAGACCCUGGGCUCUGUUCUCUACAUGUCUCAAGUCCUCAUCCAGAACCACGGUGCUGAGGAGAAAAAUGAGCGAUACCUCCUGCUGUUUCCUCACAUUCUUCUCAUGUUGUCUGCUAGUCCUCGAAUGAGUGGUUUCAUCUACCAGGGGAAGCUUCCUCUGACUGGAAUGGCUGUUAAUAAAAUAGAGGACAGUGAAACCACAAAAAAUGCUUUUGAAAUAUCUGGAAAUUUGAUCGAGCGGAUCCAGGUGAUCUGUAAUAACCAGCAAGAUCUUCAGGACUGGGUGGAUCAUCUACACCGGCAGACCAAACGCACUUCAACCAGCAGCUUGAAACCACAGAAUGUUCCCUGCCAUACGCUGCCGUCUCAUCCUCUCACCCCGUCCAGACACUCAGAGAAUCGCGGUGUGAGCGGAUCUCCAGUCUACCACACUCUUCCUCAUCUCUCUUCACUUGGAACUCACAGUGGGAUGAUGUGGGGGCCUCUUGAACCCCCCAAAACCCAGAAGCCCUGGAGUCUCAGCUGUCUCCGACCUGCACCUCCUCUAAAACCCUCAGCUGCGUUGUGUUACAAAGAGGAUCUCAGUAAAAGUCCCAAAAGUAUAAAGAAGAUUCUGCCCAAAAGAAAACCCGAGAGGAAGCCGUCUGAUGAGGAAUUUGCUGUGAGAAAAACUAAUUUCAAGAUCAAAGACCGCAAUAGGAGAGAGCGCGGCAGCAGCACUGGCACUGCAGCUCUGGAGGAGGAUGCUCAGAUCCUGAAAGUGAUCGAAGCAUACUGCACAAGCGCUAAAACACGGCAAACACUCAACUCAACAUGGCAGGGCACUGAUUUGAUGCAUAAUCAUGUGCUGGCUGAUGUUGACCAAUCGUAUGUGGAUGCUGUGGGUUGUCGUAGCAGCGGAUUUCCCUCCUCUGACCAAUCUGAAGACUCGGACUAUGACACUAUAUGGAUAACUCACACUAACAGAAUUGGUUCUAUGUCCCGAUCAAGGAAGGAGUCAGGGCCACACAUGCUUUUUCCUGAGGAGGAAAAAAUCAUUGUGGAAGAGACAAAGAGCAAUGGUCAAACCGUAAUCGAAGAAAGGAGUCUGGUGGAUACAGUUUAUGCCUUAAGGGAUGAGGUACAAGAACUUAAGCAGGAUAACAAGAGGAUGAAGCGAACUCUUGAAGAAGAACAAAAGGCACGGAAAGAGCUGGAGAAGGUUGUCAGAAAAGUGUUAAAGAGUAUGAAUGACCCAUCCUGGGAUGAGACUAAUUUGUGAGCCCAUCUGUGCAUUUAUAAAUGAAAACCGCAUCUGAUAAUUGUGUGUUGAGUGUAGUCCUACGUCCUGACCAAAAAUACUUGUAAAUAUUGUGACAAAACUGGACUUGAUCCCCUCAGUCACAGUAUUAUGCCUUUUUAAACCUGAUCCUUUUUAAGCCUUUUUUGUUUGCCAGUGCCAAGUAUCUAGUUGAACCCAUUUUCAGAUAUGCUAAUGAUAAGGAAAUGUUUUGAGGCUGGACAUCAUCUAUCAGAAACUAGCUUCUCGUCUCUACAGGAUCAGGUGUGGUCUGGCAAAGCUGCCAAAAUAACUUCUUGCAGUUUGAUCAUUUAGUUCACCGUCACAGAUGUCGUUGGUUCCUAGUGUAAAACUGGGAGUCUCAGGGAUGAUACACACACUGUACCUACAAAUGUUGCCAGGCCUGAAUCACUGCCUGCGUCCGCUGACUUUUAGAAUCAUUAGCCAAUAUGUUCAAUAAGUGAUGACAUUUAGUAGAAUUUUUCCAAUGGAAAACCUUGCAAUGCAAUACUGGAGACAAAUCUGAGAGAACUAGUCUUAAAUGAUUACAUUUCAAAGUUGCUUUUACAAUAACCUCAGUUUUAAUUACGUCCGGUUGAUCUUUUGCAGCUUGUCUCUUUUUUACUUUUAUUAUGGUCCUUUAACCCUAAUUGUGCAUUCACAGAUUUUGUUUUGUACAGAAAUAAUCCUUUAUUGUAUUUAAUGCUCAGAAAUGUGCCUUUUUGGAAAAAGAGAUUUCCAGAAUUUUGUCAGCAUUUCUAGCUCUGUCAGCAUUUCAAAGAACCUUUGUAAGAAAACUGUAUGCAAGAUUUAUUUUAAAUUAACACUGAAUCUGUGGUUAGGAACUGACAGAUUAAGAGUCUUCUAUGUUGUCUGUCUAAUUUAUGUAUUUAAAUGAAAUAUUGUCUACUGCAAAAUGACUGUGUAUUGUGAAAUUUCCAGAUAACCUCGACUACUUUCUCUUUCCAAAGCACUCUCUCUAUCUUACUCUAUAUUUCUUGCUGAUUGAAUUAAAUAAAUACAAAUUCUUACUGUGA